UCGCGGCGGACGUGACGCGGGUGAUUGAUCAGGUAGAGCGCCACUACUACUCGAUUCCCGAUGGAUCUCUUGUCUCUAAGGCCGCCCACGAUCUACAAUUGGCGAGAGAAGAAACAGGCUGUUUCGAUGGCGUACCUUGGAGGAGUUCGAGAUGUUCAGGCUCUUCAUCCACAACUAGGCUUUAAGAAUUCGCCAUUCUAUUCCACGGAAAUUGAAAGGCAAGAGCUUCAUUCGGCAGACAGAAAGUUGGCUGAAAAUUACAAUUUCUUGAAGCAGAUAUUGGGAGUACUGAUUAAGCUUGUCAAAGAUUUGAAGCUGCAGCAUCAACAUAAAUAUGACGAUUUUCAGAAAACAGGGCUGUGCAAAAGGUGUGUGAAAUACCCCAUCGGUUUGAGAGAGGUACGAAGCAUCCAAUAUAAGGGUGUGAAAACUUUCCCUACCCGACGCAAUCUAAAACCUUGAGGGGAAGCCCAAAGAAGACAAUAUCGUGGACUUAGACUGUUACAAGUGGUAUCACAAAAUAAGGAAAUUUCUUGUUGGGGCCAAGGAGGAAGCUUCUAUUUCAUCAAAGCGCUGGUUCACAUUGACAUGGAACCAGUUGUGGAGAUGAGAUCGAAACAGAUUGAGGGGAAGCUCGGAAGAAAAAGCCUAAAGGGAUAAGGUGCUAGCAUGGGAGAGAGGAACAAAGCAUUAUUUAUAAGGUGUGAAAUCUCUCUCUAGCAAACGUAUUUUAAAAUUUGGAGGUAAUGCCUAGAAAGGAAAACCUAAAGAGGACAAUAUCGGUUAGCGGUGAACUUAAGUUUGGGCUAAUCCUUAGAGACAAUUGCGAGAGGGUACCAUGAUGUUGUAUGAUACUGCCUCGAAAUUGUACUAUUCAAUGGACAAUUCACCAAGUUGAGAUGGGCUUCAAA